UCCUGAGUCGGGAGCGCAGGGAGAGUCCGGUGCGGCCGUCAUGUCCCUGCAGGCUGAUUUUGAUAAGGCAACAGAAGAUGUGAGGAAGCUGAAGACCAGGCCAGAUGACCAGGAACUGAAAGAACUCUAUGGGCUCUACAAACAAUCUAUAAUUGGAGACAUAGAUAUUGAGUGUCCAGCAAUGAUAGAUCUAAAAGGCAAAGCUAAGUGGGAAGCUUGGAACCUUCAAAAAGGAUUAUCUAAGGAAGAUGCCAUGAGUGCCUAUAUUUCUAAAGCAAAAGAGCUAAUAGAAAAGUAUGGAAUCUAAAAUUCAGCGUGUGAGAAAAUUUGCCUUUUGAAGCCCUCAGAAUGGUAUCAUGACCUAUUAUUUAGGGGAGAAGUGCACUGUUAACUCUUUAUUAAUGAAUAUUUUUGCUAUUAACAUGAAUUGUAAUUCUUAAUUAGAGGUAACUUUACUUGCUAAAACCAGGCGAUUUUUAAAAAAGCUCUUUUAUAGAAAGUGUGGCUCUGGUGGUUGGUGUAUAAAACAUUAACAAUUGUUCUUUUGGCUUAUCUGUUUCUUUCUGCAGUGAGCUGCUCUUACUGGUGUAGUCAAAAGAGUUUACUGAGAACCACUAACAAGACCCUUUCUCUGUUGCACUGUGUAGCUUUGGGAUUCCUGCUGACGUGGGGCCUUGACCAUCACAGACAUACCUGGUUCCCAUCCUCCUUCUGUAGUUUAUUGACUAGGUAAUCUGAGGCAGGUUCCUGAAGCUUACUAAGCCUUGUCUGUAGAGUAUGGAAAAAAAUCAGUCUCACAGGGUUAUAAGAAUUGAAUGAGAUAACUGUAAUUGUCCCACCUUCAUUUUUAAAGCAUGUACUGUGUAAAAGCUAACAAUAAGCAACAAAAUGUUUAAAAAUAAACUUAUGAGUCUAUCUACAUUGUUCAAAGAAAGAAAAAGACCGUCAUGGGACUAACAACUAAUGGUCUUUAAAUUUUUACAUUUAAAACAAAUUUUUUAAAAAGCCAACUGAGGAGUUCUCUUGUGGUGCGGUGGGUUAUGGAUCCGGCAUUGUCACUGCAGCAGCUCUGGUUGCCACUGUAGUGCAUGUUCGAUUCCUGGCCCUGGAACUUUCUCAUACCACCAUCAAGGCCCCCCCCCCAAAAAAAAAAGUAGAAAGAAAACAAACUGAAAGGAAGUAUCUAGAAAUGACAGACUAUACAAUUACUAUGCCUCUUAUGUCCAGUUUUAUCAGAAUGAAAAUGCAGAAUCUGAAAUAUCACAUUAAACCAAUUCUCAGCAGAACUUGCCUGUACACAUGCUCUCUGAAAGAAGAUAGUCUCAUUUUAAUUUUUAUUGUUUUAUUUUUGUUUUUUAGGGCCUCACUCUCGGCAUAUGGAAGAUCCCAGACCAGGGAUCAAAUUGGAGCUGCAGCUGCUGGCCUACACCACCACCACAGAAACACAGGAGCCGAGCCUCGUCUGCAACCUACACUGCAUUUCAUGGCAAUGCUGGAUCUUUAACCCACUGAGAGAGGCCAGGGAUAGAACCUACAUCCUCAUGGAUACUAGUCACGUUUGUUUCCGCUGCACCACAAUGGGAACUCCAAUAGUCUCUUUUUUUUAUAGUUCUACAAUCAGUUUGCAAUUCCACAGGCUGAAAACCUGCCCAAACAGUAGAUACCUCCAUUCUCAGCAUGAGGGUUUAGGUUUAGUGUCGUAGAAUCAGAGAUUGAUUUUAGAUGACUUUUACAAAAAAUGUGCAUCAACCAAACAAAUUUCCAGGGUAUUAUGCUGAGUUAAAAAAAAAAAAAGGCCCAUCCCCCAAAGUUACAAACUGUGCAACAUCAUUUAUGUAACAUUUUUGUC